UGCUGCAAGGUUUUUGUUUUGUCAAUCUGUAUGGUAAACAAACUAACGGUACAGUGACUGCUGUUUGUCUUAUUAUUCAGAUGACGCUUUUAAUAAUAACCUAGCUUAAUAAAUAAAAAAUACCUAAUAGUUGUUUACCUAAAAAUAUGUCAUGUUUGAAAUCAUUUUGUCUGUUAUUGACAUUAAUUUAUUGAUCAUGUCUGUUGUCAAUGAGAUUAAAAUGAUUUAGUCAACUUUAGCCACCACGUGCUUAGAGGAGAAGCACAUGGAAACCUGCUCGAAGCUUUUUUGCUCAAUAAUGGCAACUACAGUGCAUGAAACAGUCCUUAUUGGAGUAUGUGAUGGAGCUAUUGACAAGAAAACCACAUCGUAUUGUACGAACAAAAUUGGAGAUAUUCCGGAUUUGCUGCCAGUAAUUACUCUCCAAUAUCCCAAAUGCACUUUGUGCCAGAAGGGCCUAUCUCAUGUUGUGCAGGUCUACUGUCCACUUGCAGCAUCUUCUUACCAUAGAACAACCAACGUAUUUGCCUGCACCAAUCCACAAUGCUUUGGCAAAUCAGAGAGCUGGAUUGUCCUGCGCUCCCAGUGCCUGGAUGACGACAUCAAAGCCUUAUCAAGCAAACAGGUCAACAAUAGCUCACCAUGUGCAGCAUCAUCAAUGUCCAGAACAGACUGGUGUGAUGAAGCUGAUGAUUGGGGGAUGGAGGAUGAAGAUCAAAUAAAAGUUUCUGAGAAUAGCACACAGAUCUGUUCAGAUGAAGUACUAACCCUGAGUGCGGGAAUGGAUGUGAGCAGCAAACUUCAGGGCUUGUGCAUUGAUGGAGGUGUUGAUCACGAAAAGCCCACAGAUGCCCCCAUUUUCCAGCCGUUCUACAUAAGCGUCAUGGAUGAAACGGACCUUGAUGGAUUUCAUGAUAUGGAUCAUGAAAAUGAACUGCUUAGACAGUAUGAGGAAAGGGAGGGAGUGAUCGCUGAGGAUAUUGGGAGCUGUGAGGGCAGGGAGGCAUCAGAGGAAUAUGAGAAGGCCAAAGCCAAGCAUGGAGAUAAAGUGUUUGAGGGUUUUAUGAAGAAAAUUUCCCUUUGUCCUGAACAAGUGUUACGAUACAGUUGGAAUGGAUCGCCUCUAUUUAUAAUGGAUCCACCUUCGAAUAUGAAUCAAAUGGUGCCAUGCUGUGAUCAUUGUGGCGGUCCCAGAAUUUUUGAGUUUCAACUCAUGCCCGCAUUGGUCAGCUUGCUCUGUAGCACAGAUAAAAACUCAGAGAGUGCACUGGAGUUUGGGACAGUACUGGUGUACACUUGCAAAAAAAGUUGCUGGAAAUCUGGAUUGACAAUUCCAAUGGAGGAGUUUUUGCUUGUACAGCCUGACCCAGACCAAAAGCUUUUCAAAUGACAAUGAUAAACAAACUCAAUAAAGAUUAUUUAUUAUCCAG